AUGCCACCAAUUUCAAAGGACGAUGCCGUUUUGUUGGCUACAUGCAUUGGUGGAUCGAUGGCAUCAUAUCAUGCUCUUCGCCUCCUCGUCGACUAUUUCCGUCCAUCAGCUGAAUGGAUUCCAAUCGGAAAAAUCAAAGAACUUUACAUAUUCCCUCUAAAAUCCGGAAAAGGAAAACCGGUUUUCUCUUUGUACUGCAACCAAACGGGAUGCGUUGAGAAAGAGAAUCAAGAUCGAAUGUUUAUGGUUACUGACCCCAAUGGACAUUUCUUCACCGGCCGAGUCAAACCGAUGCUCACUCAAAUCUUGAUCGAUGUUUUUGAUGGUGUGGCUCAUCUCUCAUAUGGAGACGAUAAAAUGGAGUUCUUGAUUAAAGACGUCAUUGAGCAAAACAAAGUGCUACAAGCAACGAUGUUUUUCGAAAAGCGUCAUGAUGGAUUGGAUUGUGGAGAAGCGGCGGCGAAGUUCAUUACGAAAAUUGUUGGAGAAACCGCUCGUCUUGUUUUGUACACUUCCGAUCUCUUUAAUGGUCGUGUUUUAACUUCGAAUCCGAAAUGGUGGAAUAACAAUCCGGUGCCACAUCGUGUGACUAAACAAGCCUACACAAAUCUCACUCCACACAUGUUAUCGACACAAGGAUCACUCGACGAGUUAAAUGAUUUCUCAAAGAGAACCGGAGGAGAACUGCUAACAAACGUACAAUUCCGUGCAAACAUCGUCAUUGAAGGAUGCCCGGCAUGGGAUGAGGAUAAAUGGGACACAUUGAGAUUCGGUCCUCUUCCAAUCAAAGGCUCCACUGAGAUUCAAUGCAUGAAACCGUGUGAAAGAUGUGUCGAGAUCGACGUUGAUCCAAAGACUGGACUGAAGAUGAAAGAAGCUCCACCAUUAGCAAAACUUAAAGAAUUCCGAAUGCCUGUUGGAAACAUGUUGGAAUCUCUUGGUCGACAUCCAAUCUUUGGUGUUCAGGCUGCUCAAAACACGGACGGUUUUGUGCACGUCGGGAUGACCGUUUGGGCAAAGUACAAGCCGAGUGCUUUU